CCACACCCCUCGCGGGAUUUAAAGGGGCAGGAGGGGGGUUGGGUCGGGUGGAAGGGAGCGAGGGGAGCGGGCAUGAGGCGCUGCCCGUGCCGGGGGAGCCUGAGCGAGGCGGAGGCCGGGGAGCUGCCGGAGGCGGCCCGCAUGGGGCUGGAGGCUCCGCGAGGGGGGCGGCGGCGGCAGCCCGGCCAGCAGCGACCUGGGCCCGGCGCCGGGGGCCCGGCCGGGCGGCCGGAGGGGGGCGGGCCCUGGGCCGGGAGCGACGAGUCCUGCCUUCACCCCGAGCUCCAGAAGGCCGACCUCGGGCCGGAACCGGGGUCCGAUGACCAGGCUGAGCCCGAAGCAGCUGGCCCCUGCGCGGAGACGGAGCGGCCCAGCCUGGAGACCGAGCCCGAGCCCGAGCCGGACGAGCCCGGCCGCUGCCCGGAGCUGGAGUCAGCCGGUGCUCGGACAGAGCCGGGCACAGACGCCUUUUGCACGGACUCACGCACGUCGGAUCUGCGUUCUCCAGCCGAGAGGACCAGCCUCCGGACACAGCCCAUCGUGGAUGAGCCCUGCACGGGGCUAGAAUGUAGCCCUGGGUCUCAGACCCAAUCCGAGGGGCCCACGUCCUUGACUGAGGACCUCUCGACCCCCCAGGACAGCCCCAGCCUCCCCCAGCUAGAGGGAGUGUCCGCCAAGGAGAGCACCUGCAAAGAGGUUUAUUUCGCUGAUGGCCCCAGGACGCCGCAGGCGACUGAAGGCCCCCGGAUAGAGCCGCACACUGAUGCCCCCCGGACUCCCCAGGACGCAGAGACUGUCUGCAGACAGCUUGUCCCAGAUGCUGCCAGCCCAACACAGGACACAGACGCCUCCCCCUGCCCACAGCUGGCCGUUGAGGAGCCCUCAACGCAGGACCCUUCCUCACUCCAGACAGAGCCUGGCCCACACUGCCUGCUGGGCCAGUCCGACCACGACCACGGCGGCGGCUCCUCGUUAAGGGAACCAACACCCGGGGUGACGGUGACUCACCUGUGCCCACACCUGGAUGGCAUCUCCCUGACCCCCGUGCCCUGCCUUGUCAUCACUCCGGAAACCCCCGAGCCUGACGCCCAGCCCACGGGACCCUCUUCUCGGGUGGAUGGGCGCAGCGGGGGCUUCUCCUCUGCAUCCUCUUUCGACGAAUCUGAGGAUGACGUGGUGGCCGGGGGUGGAGGUACCAGCGACCCCGAGGACAGGUCUGGGUACACGCCGUGGAAGAAGUUGAAGACGGUGCUAAAGUACUCACCCUUCAUGGUAUCCUUCCGGAAACACUACCCGUGGGUCCAGCUGUCGGGACAUGCUGGGAACUUCCAGGCAGGCGAGGACGGCCGGAUCCUGAAGCGCUUCUGUCAAUGUGAGCAGCGCAGCCUGGAGCAGCUGAUGCAGGACCCCCUGCGGCCCUUUGUGCCCACCUACUAUGGCGUGGUGCAGCGUGACGGCCAGGCCUUCAACCAGAUGGAGGACCUCCUGGCCGACUUCGAAGGCCCAUGUAUCAUGGACUGCAAGAUGGGCAGCAGGACAUACCUGGAGGAGGAGCUGGUGAAGGCGCGGGAACGGCCACGGCCUCGGAAGGACAUGUAUGAGAAGAUGGUGGCUGUGGACCCGGGAGCCCCCACCGCCGAGGAGCACGAGCAGGGCGCCGUGACUAAGCCUCGCUACAUGCAGUGGAGGGAAACUGUGAGCUCCACCUCCACCCUGGGCUUCCGGAUUGAGGGCAUCAAGAAAGCCGACGGGACCUGUAACACCAACUUCAAGAAGACACAGGAGCUGGAGCAGGUGACAAAGGUGCUGGAGGACUUUGUGGAUGGCAACGUCAGCAUCCUGGGGAAGUAUGUAGCACGGCUGGAAGAGCUUCGAGACACUCUGGAGAGCUCCUCCUUCUUCAAGACUCACGAGGUGGUGGGCAGCUCCCUCCUCUUCGUGCAUGACCACACUGGCCUGGCCAAGGUCUGGAUGAUCGACUUUGGCAAGACAGUGGCCCUGCCGGACCAGCAGACACUCAGCCAUCGGCUGCCCUGGGCUGAGGGCAAUCGCGAGGACGGCUACCUCUGGGGCCUGGACAACAUGAUUGGCCUCCUGCAGGGGCUGGCCCGGAGCUGACCCACAGCGCCAGUGUGUUUGUCAGAAGGUGCCGUCUGGCCACCGGAGCCCUGUGUUCGGAUGUGGGGGUCGGGAAAGGUGGGGCCUGAGACCAGUAGGCGCCCCGUCCUUUCACGACCCCCAGGGACUUGUGGGGUCUGAAGAUGGGGUACUACCAGUUGGGAAGAGAACUGAAGGCCUGUAGGCAUGGACCUGAUCAGCCCAUCCACAUAAGAAUGAUGCCCCGCCCUCCCCGACACACCUGUGUGCUGUCCCGGAGCAAGUCCUGAAGUGGGCACCCCUCAUCCUCCAUCUGGAGGGGUGACUCAGUUGACCCAUCCUGCCUUGGGAGAGAAAACGCCAGCACUGCUGCCAAUCAGAACCCCCAAAGGCUGGAGCCACUCACCCCAACACCUACCCCCUUCAGGCUGCCUUCCCAGGGGGCUGCUGGGCACGACCCCAGGCACAUACCUUGGUUUAAACCAAAGAUGCUAUUCCCCUGAGGUGAGGGUGCCCCCUUCACCACAUAACUGGUUUCCUAGCCCAGGAGAGGGGCUGGCUGUGAGGGGUAGACCAGCCCCCUCCUAGGCCCUGGGCAAAGUUGUGGUUCUUCCAGGGGUGGGUGGGGGGCUUUUCUACUGCCCAUCUUUGUACUUAUUUAUAUAGCCUAAUGCUAGUGGUUACACAGGGGAGAGCGGGGGGCAAA